CAUCGGCAGCCGUCCCACCAAAGAUGACAGAAAAAGAAGAGCAUGGCAGCACCAACGACGCUAGUUUCCACAUCCUGCAGCCCAAUCGCGACCCUAAAUCAAACUGGGCCGUUGAUCUCACCAAGAACCUCAAUGACUAUCUUCUCAAGAUCUGUUUUAAAGAAAUCACAAUUGAAGAUGAAGGCGGCCACCCCUCCGUGAAUUUUGCCGAAGCUGCUCUGCUUUUUCAAGGUUCGAUUCAGGUGUAUAGUCGGAAAGUGGAAUAUCUAUAUUCUUUGGUUUUGCAUGCGUUGGAGUUCAUUUCUCAGAAGAUAUUGGAUGGCUAAAAAAACAUCAUGGUGGUAGUCGGAAGUUAAUUUCCAAAGUAACUGAAGUUUGGAGCUCAUCUCUUUGUACCAAUGAUAGGGAAGUUAAUUUCAGUUUCCAUUAUUUCCACUCUAUUGAACUUUAGUUGUUAAAAUUUCAAAAAUUGUGGUUUUGAAUUUAAUUUGGGUGUUGGAAGGAAAAGACAAUCAGUAAUAAAACUGCAUCUAAAGAAGUCUACCUCCCAUGAAGAAAGAGAACAACAUGGUACAUUUCUUGUUCUUUAGACCAUGAUUCAUUUUUGCAUCAUUUUGCAAAUGCUAUGAUUUCAAAUCCCAUUUUUGCAUAAAAAAUCAGGAAAAAAAAUCUUCUUAAUUAGUUGAAAAUUUGCCCAUGUAUGGAAGCAUUCAUAGUU